UGUGUUAAAAAACUUAAAAUUAAUCAAGUCUGUUGUCAAUAUAAAACAAAUUAAAAAUGUCAUCAAAACAAGGAGUUAAAAAAUUCAAGUGGUCACUUGAUUUUACCCACAAAAACAAACAUGAUAGAAAUACAGAGCUACAAAAUCCACCAGGUUAUACACCGUCAUUGGCACUGUCACACAAUAUGGAAAAUUCACGUGAAAAUGACUCAAAUCAUUUGAUAAUUAAAAAAUCAUGGGAUUUAGCACUGGGUCCAAUAAAACAAGUACCAAUGAAUUUGUUUAUUAUGUUUAUGGCUGGUAAUUCAAUAUCAAUAUUUCCAAUAAUGAUGGUUGGAAUGUUGAUUAUUAGACCAGUUAAGGCAUUAUUUACUGUCCAACAAACUUUUAAAGUCAUUGAGGGCAACUAUGUUUGGGGACAAAAAAUUGUAUUUUUCCUUGGUCAAGUUGUUAAUAUUGCACUUGCAUUGUACAAAUGUCAAUCAAUGGGUUUAUUGCCAACACAUGCAUCUGAUUGGCUUGCAUUUGUUGAGCCACAAUCAAGAAUUGAAUAUUCCGGUGGUGGAAUUAGUUAUUUAUAA